AUGUUCAAUUCGUUGCGAUUCUCGUCCCGCGUGGGAUUGCGCGCAGUUCGCUGGAACUCGACCAGCAGCAUCCCCGUGCCACCGCUAAUGGCGAAGCUUCGUUCAGAUCUCAAAGACGCAAUGAGGGCGAAGGACGUGUCGAGACUCAAUGUCCUACGAGCCCUCAUAUCCGAGACCAACAACGCCGCCAAAACAACCUCGCCCAUCCAAACAGACGUACAAUUACUGUCCUUAAUUGAGAAGAAAAUUGCCGGCGCCAAAGAUGCAGCUGACAUGUUUGCAACCGCUAAUAGAUCGGACCUCAAGGAGAAGGAAGAGGCUCAGAUUGCCGUGCUGGAGGAAUACGCCAGCCAGAUCGACAGAUUGAGCACAGAGGAUAUAAGAGCUGCGGUCUCAGAGGUGAUUUCUCAACUGCAGUCUGAGAACUCCAAGAUCACUGUGGGAAUUCUGCUGAAAAAUCUCCUGUCUCCUGGGAAGCUUUUGGAUGGAAAGCCAGCAGCAAAGUCAGAUAUUGUUCAAGUUAUUAAUGAGCUCCUCCCGGAAAAAUAG